AAUUCUCAAUGUGCUGCGUGUGGAUGCGCUGCGUUCCGCGUCGUCACUAGAAGGGAUUAGGAAGGGACAGCGCGCGAGUCCGUCAGACGUGCACGAUGCGAGCCAGCGCGAGCGCAGCCACCGUGGACUGCCGGACCAACUGUACCACGUACGGAUAAAGAAAGCACAUUUUUUUAAAAUUUUUUCUUCUUUUUUUCUUUUUUUUUUUUUUUUUUUUUAAAAAAUCUGCAUCUUACCGGGGUCGCUCCUUCGCCAGACAUCCAUGAAUCAUGAAUGAGAAGGACGAGGAAGCCCCUGGUUGUUCGUAGGAUGCCCGCGGGCGACACGAGGGCGAGCUGCGGCUUCGGAUUCGUGCCCUUGUUUCGCUGGGUUGGGACCGCGCGUCCCGCGGAGGAGUGAGCACGAGCGCGAGCGCGCGGCGCGGAGCCUGCCUGCCUGGGGGUGUGGGCGCGCGGACAAUAACGGCUGGCUGCAUGUCGCUCUCUCUGGCCAUCCAUUGUGUCUAGUCUAACUGUCUGAGAUUCACUGGAUCCCGGCGGUGGUGGUGGUGGUGGUGGUGGUGGUUGUUGUUGUUCUGAUCGAAUCGGCGCUGGAAUAAACUAAGAGUGUGAGAGAUCAUCAUCAUCCUCAUCAUCAUGGGCAACGCGGGCAGCGUGGAUUCCCAGCACACGGACUUCAGGGCUCACAACCUGCCCCUGAAGCUGCCCAUGCCGGAGCCCAGCGAGCUGGAGGAGCGCUUCGCCCUCGUCUUGAAUUCUAUGAACCUCCCUCCUGACAAAGCCAGACUGCUGCGCCAGUAUGACAACGAGAAGAAAUGGGAACUCAUCUGUGAUCAGGAAAGAUUUCAAGUGAAGAACCCACCACACACAUACAUCCAGAAGUUGAGGGGCUAUCUGGACCCAGCUGUCACCAGGAAGAAAUUUCGGAGGAGAGUGCAAGAAUCGACCCAGGUCCUCAGAGAACUGGAAAUUUCAUUAAGAACCAAUCACAUUGGAUGGGUUCGAGAAUUCCUAAACGAAGAGAACAAGGGCCUCGACGUUCUCGUGGAGUACCUCUCUUUUGCACAGUACGCAGUCACCUUUGACUUUGACAAUGCGGAGAACCCUUUGGAGAACGCCGUGGACAAGUCUAAGCCUUGGAGCCGCUCGAUCGAGGACCUUAAUGGCGGGAGCAACCUCCCGUCUCCCGUCAGCGGGAGCGGCAUCUCGCGCUCCGGCCGGCACUCCACACUGCGGUGUAACACUCUUCCGAGCCGGAGGACGCUGAAGAACUCCAGAUUAGUGUGCAGGAAGGACGACGUUCAUGUCUGUAUCAUGUGUUUACGGGCCAUCAUGAACUACCAGUACGGCUUCAACAUGGUCAUGUCCCAUCCUCACGCUGUGAACGAAAUUGCACUGAGUCUCAACAAUAAAAACCCCAGAACGAAAGCUCUUGUUCUGGAGCUGUUAGCGGCUGUUUGUCUCGUCAGAGGAGGUCAUGAGAUCAUUCUCUCAGCAUUUGAUAACUUCAAGGAGGUCUGUGCUGAGACGCAGAGGUUUGAGAAACUCAUGGAGUACUUCAAGAAUGAGGACAACAAUAUUGACUUCAUGGUGGCUUGCAUGCAGUUCAUCAACAUUGUGGUCCACUCUGUAGAAGACAUGAACUUCAGAGUGCACCUGCAGUAUGACUUCACUAAGCUUUGCCUUGAUGAGUACUUGGAUAAACUAAAGCACACUGAGAGUGACAAGUUGCAAGUGCAGAUCCAGGCCUACUUGGACAAUGUGUUUGAUGUUGGAGCUCUCUUGGAGGAUGCUGAAACCAAGAAUGCUGCCCUGGAACGUGUGGAGGAGCUAGAAGAGAACAUGUCCCAUAUGACAGAGAAGCUGCAAGACACAGAGAACGAAGCUAUGGCCAAGAUAGUGGAGCUGGAGAAGCAGCUGAUGCAGAGGAACAAGGAGCUGGAAACCAUGCGGGAAGUGUACAAAGACGUGAACACCCAGGUGCACACGCUGCGGCGGAUGGUGAAGGAGAAGGACGAGGCCAUCCAGAGACAGUGCAACCUGGAGAAGAAGAUCCACGAACUCGAGAAGCAAGGAACCAUCAAGAUCCAGAAGAAGGGUGAUGGGGACAUUUCUAUCCUCGCCUCCCCAGGACAGGCUGUUAGCUUACCGCUAGGUGCAGAGGGAGUCAUUGGGCCCUAUGUGGGUGGCCCACCUGGCCUACACAGUACAUUGCUACCGGGAAUGGAACCAUUAGCUCCGCCGCCACCUCCUCCCCCGCCACCAGUGCCUGGGACCGUACCAAAUGGACCAUCGGCUGCUCCUACACCACCACCGCCUCCUCCCCCGCCUCCGCCACCACCGCCUCCCCCUCCACCCCCAGGGCCUGCCAUGGAGGUGUGCGCUCCGAUGCCCCCGCCCCCUCCACCGGUAGCCCCCCCGCUACCGGGCUGUGGAUCUCCUACUGUGAUCUUCAACUCAGGGCUGGCAGAGGGACCCAUCAAACUGUUCUCGGUGAAGAUAAAGAAACCCAUAAAGACGAAGUUCCGCAUGCCGGUGUUUAACUGGGUCGCUCUGAAGCCCAACCAGAUCAAUGGGACAGUCUUCAAUGAGAUCGACGAUGAGAGGAUCCUCGAGGAUUUGAACGUGGACGAAUUUGAAGAGAUGUUCAAGACCAAGGCGCAAGGCCCUUCAAUUGACAUGACGAUGAGCAAACAGAAGGUUGUACAAAAGGGGCCUAACAAAGUGUCUCUGCUGGAUGCCAACCGGGCCAAGAACCUGGCCAUCACGCUGAGGAAGGCUGGCAAGAUGCCCGAGGAGAUCUGCAAAGCCAUUCAGAUGUUCGACCUGCGCACGCUGCCCGUGGACUUUGUGGAGUGUCUUAUGCGCUUCAUGCCCACGGAGAACGAGGUGAAGGCGCUGCGGCAGUACGAGCGAGAGCGGAAACCCCUGGAAGGCCUUACCGAUGAGGACCGCUUCAUGAUGCACUUCAGCAAGAUCGAGCGCCUCAUGCAGAAGAUGACCAUCAUGGCCUUCAUGGGCAACUUCAACGAGAGCGUGCAGAUGCUCACGCCACAACUCCAUGCUAUCAUAGCAGCAUCGGUGUCAAUAAAAUCCUCACAGAAGCUGAAGAAAAUUCUAGAGAUUAUCUUGGCUCUUGGCAACUACAUGAACAGCAGUAAGAGGGGUGCGGUCUAUGGCUUUAAGCUGCAGAGCUUGGACUUGCUCUUGGACACGAAGUCGACGGACCGGAAAAUAACACUGCUGCACUACAUUGCUAAUGUCGUCAAGGAGAAGUAUCAUCAUGUGUCCUUAUUCUACAAUGAGCUUCACUAUGUAGAAAAAGCUGCAGCAGUGUCGCUGGAGAAUGUGCUUCUGGAUGUGAAGGAGCUGCAACGGGGCCUGGAGCUGACACGGCGCGAGUACAGCAUGCACGGACACAACACGCUGCUUAAGGACUUCAUUGCGGUCAACGAGGGCAAGUUGAAGAAGCUGCAGGAUGACGCCAAGAUUGCGCAGGAUGCGUUUGAUGACGUUGUGAAAUUCUUUGGAGAAAAUUCCAAAACGACGCCUCCUUCGGUGUUCUUCCCCGUGUUUGUGCGCUUCGUCAAGGCCUACAGGCAAGCAGAGGAGGACAAUGAGCAGAGGAAGAGACAAGAACAGAUGAUGAUGGAGAAGUUGAUGGAGCAGGAGGCCAUGAUGGAGCAGGAGGACCAGAAGUCUCCUUCCCACAAGAACAAGCGGCAGCAGCAGGAGCUGAUUGCAGAGCUCAGAAAGAAGCAGGUCAAAGACAGUCGCCAUGUCUACGAGGGGAAGGACGGGGCCAUUGAGGACAUCAUCACAGUGCUGAAGACCGUGCCCUUUACGGCCCGCACCGCCAAGCGGGGCUCUCGAUUCCUCUGCGAGCCCACUCACACUGAGGAGUUCCAUUACUAAACUUAAUCUCUCUCUCACCAAGGUUACUGUAAACAGUAAUAAAUUAAAAUGGGGGUGAAAAAUCUGCACUUCCUAAAUCUGUGUUCCCCCACCCCCACUCUCCACGGGUGUGUCCAGGCGACCCUCUACCCCCUUCUCAGCAUGAAGAGGGGGGACAAGAGGGCAUCUUCCAGGGUGUUGUCGUGUCCCCUUUGUGUCCACUCUGUCUGCCCCACCCCACUCAUGCAUGGAGAACAUCGCCGGCGAUUCUCACUCACCAGUGUGUGUGUGUGGACAACUCCGUGAUGCAUUCACUGUCAUACACGAGAGCAAAGCAAAACAUAGUGUCCCACAGGCACAAAUCAAAGUGAACCUCACUUUUACACUAGUAAAAAGGAAAGAUGUCCAAGCUGCUCCAGAUGUUCAACACCGCAGCUGUUGCCCCCUGCUGUUGGAUCGGCAGUAUUACACUCAACAUUUCCUUUGCUCACUUUUGUAAAUUGCCGCAAGUGUUUCAAAAAAAUUUUCCACAUCAAGAUUUGAUGUGAAUACAAGUGACCAGUGUUAAUGUAUAGCCAGAAAGAAAGCAGUGUAAAGUGUUCUCACUUUGCAUGGUAAUUUCAUUUUAAUAGAAACAAUCACCUGUUGUGUACAAAACUGUCUGCACUUAGAGAACAGACUUUACAUGUUGGGAAGCUCUCACAUGUCUUUCUGUGUGUGUCUGCACUGUGAGUCCUCAUUGUUUAUGGGUGUAUCACUUGUCUUGGAUCUUGCAUGAUGUUGCUGCUGGCUUCUCUCCAACCCUGCCCACAUCCCCUGCAUCAGCCCGGACAUGUGGUGGCGCCGCUUUCCAUUUGUACCGCGUUAAUCCCUUAGGUUCCCUCCAGUUGCAUGAGGCCACCCACUCUUGUGCACGAAACACAAGUGGUGUUUUUGUUUUGACAUCUCAUCACAUUCACCACUUUUGCACCACUAAUGAACCAAGCCAGAUGCAUGUCUUUUACUAUAACCGCAGUUUAAAAAAUACAUUAAUCAAUAAUCAGAGUUAAUUUCAGAUGCUAUGAAUAUUGACAUGUACCUGGCCUGUUGCAUGUUUUAAUGUUCUGGGUUUGUACAGUAAUAAGUGUAUCCUGGGAUAGUGGUGUGUUCAUGCCAUUUUGCUUUUUUUUUUUUGUUCUGCUGGAGCCUUUCUACAAAGCAGCCUGAGUUGUUACAAACAAAUGCAUCCUAAUCGCUGCCCUUUGGCUGCAGUAGCAGUAACAGCCUCGAACCUCCUCCCUCGCCUUUGUCCCCAUUACCCACGGCCGCUUCGCUUCCAUAGCCAACCCGCCAGCAGGGCCCGGGUGAACACUGGUGUGGUUAGUUUCCUCGCCUCCGCUUCUAUUUAACCUCCAUUUUGUCUUCUCUUUACUCAGCCCUAAAGAAGAAUAAUAUUACUAAAUUUCCCAAUGUCCACUCGAGAGUAAGGAACUCGUCCAGUAGCACCCCUGUGCUGA